AUGGCUUCCCCCCGCGACACAUGGUCUCUUACCGACCACCUGCUCGCGACCCAAGAACCACUCUACAAGUCGGCGACGCAGCACCCAUUCCUCCUGGCAGGCGCCGAGGGGCGCCUGCCCAAAGACAUUCUCAGCCGCUGGCUGGCCAACGACAGGUUGUACAUCCACUCGUACAUCCGCGCUGCAGGCCAACUGCUCGCUUCCAUCGACCUACCCAAGCAGGUACCCAGGUCGCAAGAGGCAUUCGAGACACAGCUAGCCGACUGGCUCAUCGAAGCACUCGUGGCUAUCCGCAAGGAAGAGCGCUUCUUCAUCGACGUGGCUGAUCGCUACGACCUGGGCAUCGACAUCACCACCCCGUUUCCGCCUGCCUCGCAAACAUCUGCCAACACCCUAGAAAAGCUCCCUGGCCUGGUCCAGAUGGAAACAAUCUUCGCAUCCGUAGCCGCUCUGACCAAGUCUCAAACCACGCAGCUCAUCCCGUGGCUCGAAGGCGCCCUUACCUUCUGGGGCACCGAGCGUUGCUACCUGGAUGCGUGGUCUUGGGCGCGCGACAAGGCGGAGGAGCGGCGGGCUUCUGGAGGUCAGGUCGACAAGGAGGACGCCGACGGGGGUGCGUUGCGCAAAGAGUUCAUACCCAAUUGGAGCAGUCCCGAGUUUGCGCAGUUUGUGGUGAGGUUGGGCAAAUUGAUCGAUGAUGCCGUCGCUAGUGUGCUUGAGGGGAGGGAGGCUGAGGAGAGGGAGAAGCUAAAGGGCGAGAUUCUUGCGCGGGUGGAAGGGAAGUGGAAGUCGCUGCUGGAGGCUGAGCGACAGUUUUGGCCUGAGCUUUGA